ACCACCCUAAGGCUUGUCUUUGCCAUAGUUCUACAGCAGAUGUCUUCAUUGUUAUUCAAUGUGACAUUUCAGAUCCUGGCAGAACAGUAAUGAUGACGGCUCCACCGACAUCUGAUGAACUUGUUUUCUAUGUCAAUGGGAAAAAGAUCGUAGAAAAAAAUGCAGAUCCUGAAGUUAUGCUCUUGGGUUACCUCAGGAGAAAUUUGCGUCUUACAGGAACAAAAUAUGGAUGUGGAGGAGGUGGCUGUGGUGCCUGCACAGUUAUGGUGUCAACCAUCGAUCCCAUCUCCAAGAAGAUAAUACACUAUCCAGCCACUGCAUGCUUGCUCCCGAUUUGUUCUCUGAAUAAUAUGGCUGUGACUACGACCGAAGGAAUCGGUAACUCGGCCAGGCUACACCCAGUGCAGGAAAGGAUAGCCAAAGCUCAUGGCUCUCAGUGUGGAUUCUGCACCCCUGGCAUGGUGAUGUCCAUGUAUGCAUUACUAAGGAACCAUCCAGAACCCACCAUGGACCAAAUCAUGGAUGCUCUGUCUGGAAACUUGUGUCGAUGUACUGGAUACAGACCAAUUCUGGAUGGAUGCAAGACUUUCUCCAAAGACUGCUGUCAAAACAAGAGAGAUGAAAAUAUGAUCACAGAAACCGAGAGCUCUCCAAAGCUCUUCAAUGAGAAGGAAUUCUUACCCUUGGAUGCAACACAGGAGCUGAUAUUCCCUCCUGAACUAACAUUGAAACAUGCCAAACCGCAAAAAAUGAUAGUUUUCCACGGAGAGAGGACAACAUGGUACAUGCCUUCCUCACGUGAAGAACUUUUGAAGCUGAAAGUAAAGUAUCCCAAAGCACCACUUGUAGUGGGGAACACAGAUGUAGGUCUGCAGAUGAGAAUUAAUGGGGUCUUCCAUCCAGUACUUAUCUCACCUGUCCAAAUACAAGAACUCUACAAGGUCUCUUCCAAUGAUUUUGGAAUAACUAUAGGUGCUGCAGUAAAACUGGCUCAGCUUAAAGAGAUCUUAUCUGAAAAUAUCAAUAACUUACCGAAUCGCAAGACCAAGUCAUUUCGUGCACUCACCCAGCAGCUGCACACCCUGGCAGGAGAACAGAUCAGAAACAUGGCUUCUAUAGGAGGACAUAUCAUCAGCAAACUUCCAAUUAGCGAUCUGAAUCCUGUACUUGCUGCAGCUGGUGCCAAACUGAACAUUGCUUCCAAAGGUGGUGACCGCCAGCUCCUGCUGAACAAAUCAUUUUUCAACGGUGAUGCAUCAGCAAUAAGAUCAGAAGAGGUCUUGCUCUCUGUGUUUAUCCCUUAUACUCAUAAGGAUGAGUUUGUGUCUGCUUUCAGACAGGCACCAAGAGAGAGAAAUGCAUAUGCUACAGUAAAUGCUGGAAUGAGAGUACGUUUUAAUGAAGGCACAGAUGUCAUCCAGGAAAUGGACAUUUACUAUGGCUGUAUCGGUUCCACUACCCUCUCUGCAAACAAGGCAACAAAGGCUCUCAUAAGCAGGCAUUGGGAUGAGGCGAUGCUAAAAGAAGCCUGCAAACUUGUCUUGGAUGAGAUUUCUCUCGCUCCCUCUGCUUCAGGAGGAAAGGUGGAAUAUAGGCGGACAUUGACAAUCAGCUUUCUCUUUAAAUUCUACUUGCAAGUCCUACAGAGUCUUCAGAAACCUGUUACUUUCUCAGCAAAUGCCACAGAAUAUCUUGGAAUUCUCAGAGACUUUGAGGAUGAAGCACCCAAGACAAUGCAAAUCUUUCAGGAAGUCAGUGCCCAGCAGCCUGCCAAUGAUCCCAUUGGACGUCCUAUAGUACAUCUGUCUGGAAUUAAGCAAGCCACAGGAGAAGCCGUAUAUGUGGAUGAUAUUCCGAUGAUGGAUCGCGAGCUGUUCAUUGCAUUUAUCACCAGUACAAGAGCUCAUGCCAAGAUCUUGUCCAUCGAUGAUUCAGAGGCCCUUAAGGUCCCAGGAGUUGUGGACAUGGUUAGAGCAAAAGAUGUUCCUGGGAAGAAUGAGGUAGAUGGACAAGGUAGCUUGUUCGCUGAAGACAAGGUUGAAUGCGUGGGUCAGAUAAUCUGUGCAGUAGUGGCAGACACACCCGAUCAUGCAAGGCGUGCCGCAGCUAAAGUGAAGAUUGCCUACGAAGAUAUAAAACCAGCCAUUUUUACCAUGGAGGAUGCCAUUAAAAACAAGUCCUUCUUUGAACCGGAGAGAAAAAUAAAGCAUGGGAAUCCAGAGGAAGCAUUUAAAACUGCUGAUCAUAUAAUUGAAGGUGAAGUGCAGAUUGCUGGUCAGGAACAAUUCUACAUGGAGACAAACUCUGUUCUGGUUGUGCCAAAGGGAGAGGACGACGAGUUUGAUGUCUAUGUAUCCACACAGGCUGUCGCCACUGCACAGUUUAAUGUGGCUUCCAGUCUUGGUGUUCCGUCUAAUAGGAUCAUGAGUAAAGUGAAACGAGUUGGAGGAGCUUUUGGAGGUAAAAUUACAAAGCCAGGGAUAUUUGCUUCAGCCUCAGCGGUGGCAGCUCAAAAGACAAAAAGACCUAUUCGAUGUGUUCUGACGCGAGGAGAAGACAUGCUGAUCACGGCAGGUCGUCACCCAUUAGUUGGAAAGUACAAGGUGGGCUGUAUGGAUGAUGGCAAAAUUGUUGCUGCCGACAUCUCCUACUAUACCAAUGCAGGCUGCACACCCGAUGAAUCUAUACUGGUAUUGGUGGUAGCUUUAGUAAAGCUGGAUAAUGGUUACAGUUUUCCCAACCUUAAUUGCCGUGCGGUGGCCUGCAAGACAAAUCUGCCAUCGAACACCGCUUUCCGAGGCUUUGGCUUUCCACAGACCGGUCUGGUGACAGAAACCAUAAUAGAUGCUGUAGCGGCAAAGUGUGGUCUACCUUGUCAUAAAGUUAGGGAGCAGAACAUGUACAGAGGUAUGAGCACCACCCAUUACAAUCAAGAGUUUGAUUCCAGCAACCUGAUGCGAUGUUGGGAGGAGUGCAUGAAGAAGUCGUCAUAUCAUGCUAGAAGAUCAGAAAUCCAGAAAUUUAACAAAAUAAAUUAUUGGAAGAAGGGCAUUGCCAUUAUACCUCUCAAAUUUACUGUGGGCUUUGUUGAGAAAGCAUUUCAUCAGGCUGCUUCUUUGGUUCAUAUUUACCAGGAUGGAAAUGUUCUGAUCAGUCAUGGUGGAGUCGAACUGGGUCAAGGUUUGAACACAAAAGUAAUUCAGGUUGCAAGCCGGGAAUUGAAGAUACCCCUGUCCUACAUAUAUAUCUGUGAAGCAAAUGUUGCGUGUGUUCCAAAUUCCAUUCCGUCUGGGGGUAGCAUUGGAACAGAUGUGUAUGGCUUGGCUGUGAAGAAUGCUUGCGAGACUCUUAUGAAAAGUUUGGAACCUGUCAUCAAACAAAAUCCAGAGGGCAAAUGGGAAGACUGGGUUAUGCAAGCUUACUUGCAAAGAAUUAGCCUUUCAGCUACUGGUUUUUACAAGGGUUAUGACACUUACAUGGAUUGGGACACGGGAGAAGGUCACGCAGGGCCGUAUUAUAUAUUUGGAGCAGCAUGUUCUGAGAUUGAGUUAGACUGCUUGACCGGAGGACACAAGAGCCUCCGUACCGAUAUUGUCAUGGAUUUUGGACAAAGCAUAAAUCCAGGAAUUGAUAUUGGCCAGGUCGAAGGUGCUUUUACUCAGGGGGUAGGACUCUAUACACUGGAGCAGCUUCAUUAUUCACCUGAAGGUGUGUUGUACACACGAGGACCUGAUCAGUAUAAGAUACCAGCUGUUUGUGAUGUUCCCACUGAAUUUAAUGUGUCUUUACUGGCUGGUUCCCAAAACCCAUAUACAAUCUACUCAUCCAAGGGUGUCGGGGAACCUGCCUUGUUCCUGGGGUGCUCUGUCUAUUUUGCAAUAAAAGAUGCAAUUGAUGCGGCUCGAGAGGAACGUGGACUGACAAAGGAUUACACUCUAAGCAGCCCACUAGUCCAAGAGAAAGUUCGAAUGGCGUGUGCUGACCAUUUAACUAAAAUGAUCCCAAAAGAUAAGGCUGGAACCUUCACUCCAUGGUCUAUUGAUGUCUCAAGAUAGUGAGACAGUCUGCACUCCUGCUCAUAUAUCUAAAACUGUGUACUCUGUUCUACUUUUGUAGAAAAGCAAGAGGUUUACUGUGUGUUCUGAUUGUUGGGGACUUGGGUGAUUGAAUACUGGAAUAAGGGUAAAAAAAUAUUUUUCAUUAACCAUUUUGUUACUUUAAGCAAAUAAAAUCGACAUCCUAUAAACUCCAUGAAUGAUUUUUGCCUUCACUUUCCCUCUGGAUGUGUAGUCCUCGAUAUAUACCCAAUACCUGUUGAGCUACAUGAUUUCA